AUGUACGGAGGAUCGUCGAAACCCAGUCGCGGUGGCGGUAGAGGAGGUGGCGGUGGACCGGUCCGAAACCGUAAUUCCUUCCCUCCUCCUACGAACCGGCAUCCUUCUCCCGUCGGGAGGAUGUCUUCCGGUGGUGGUGGCUCCUCCGCCGCCUCACGGCAGCGGAAUACUACAAGCGUUAAGGCGGCAUCGUCGACGGCGACACGGACGGUUGAGGAAAAGUUUAGCCUUGUUCCGAGGGAGAGUCCUUCGGCUUUUGGAAUGAUCAUACGGUUGGCUCCUGACUUGGUUGAGGAGAUCAAGCGUGUGGAGGCACAAGGUGGAGCUGCGAAGAUCAAAUUCGAUGCGUUUCCUAACAAUAGCACUGGGAAUAUAAUUAAUGUUGGUGGAAAAGAGUUCAAAUUUACCUGGUCUAGGGAGCGCGGUGAUUUAUGUGAUAUAUAUGAAGAACACCAAAGUGGUGAAGAUGGGAACGGUAUGCUGAUUGAGGCUGGAUGUGCUUGGCGAAAAUUGAACGUCCAGCGAACUCUAGAUGAGUCAACCACAAGUCAUAUGAAGAUGCGCUCAGUUGAAGCUGAACAGAGAACCAAAUCACGCAACAUGUUCUGUCCUUUAGCUGCAAAGGUGUCUGCUCUCUUAGUUUUUCUGGUUUUGCAGUCUUCUAUGGUUAGGCUGCUGUGGAUGUCAGCCUCUGCUUUCAUGGAUUCCCAGUUUAGUUAUGGCUUAAAUGGGGCAAUUGUGUUAGAUCCUGGGAAUCCAUCAUUAACGAAGCAGGUAGCUCUUGCUGAAGGAAGUCCAUGGAGAAUGUCAAAUAAACAGAAGAAGGAACCUCCGCCUAAGAAGCGGAAAGUUGAUCCACCUCCAGUUCCAAUCGGAGGUUCAAAGCCUUCUUUCAGACCAGGGUCAUCAACCUCUACUGUGAAAAAUAGGCUCUCGGCUUCACCGGGACUGUCUCCUUCUAAUCGACACAAUACCCCUCCUUCAUAUGGGAUUGGGAAUCCUGCUAAAAAUCAUGCAGCUAACGAGAAUGUCACACCAGUCCACACAAAGAGCAGAGAGAAUAUGGUUGCUAGCGAAAAAGAUUCAUCAAAUUGGGCAACUAAUGCGAUAAUGGACUCAUCUGGGCGCCAAGCAACCAAUGUUAAUAAAGAAAUUGAUUUGCAGACACUGCUGGUUGAUCUCCUAAAAGAGGCUCCAAUGAGUUUAAAGACAUUAGAGAAAGCAGUUGGAGAAAGAAUUCCUAACGCUGCAAAGAAGAUUGAACCAAUUUUGAAAAAAAUUGCAAAUUUUCAAGCUCCGAGAUAUUUCUUAAAACCAGGAGCAGAGUUGGAAAGCUAUAAAAAGCAUUCACCUGAUAGCGGAAGCUCACCUGAACACCAGCAAUCGCUACCAGUCACUGAGAAUCGCGAUCAGUUACCUGUUCCAGGGGGUAGCAACAUGGAGAAAUUUUCUUUGUGCGAGCAGAAUGGAGAAGGUUCACAAGACUGUUUGCCUGUGCAUCUAGCAGAACAAUUGAGUGUGCAAGAACAUGUUGACAUUGAGCAUCAUUCACCUAUCAUUCUCCAUGAGGAAAAGCGAUCUGAGAAUAGAGAAGGAUGGUUCUGA